AUGAGAUUGUCGGAGCUUCCAGGGGAUUUGGUAGGAGAUAUAUUCUCUAGGGUUCCAUUGGAAUCUCUAAUCGCAGUGCGAUCCACUUGCAGAAAGUGGAACGAGUUAUCCAAAAACCAUAUGUUGGGUAAAGCAACAAGGAAGCAGUUUAGAGGGUUCGUUAUAAUGGAUUAUAAGGUAUGUUUCGUGACAUUCGAUCUCCAAGGAAUCCGCUACGAAGCUAGUGAGUACGUUAGUCCAUCUAUCAAGGAAAUAAGCGUACUUGAUAAAGUGGAGGCAUAUAGAGUCUCUCACUGUGACGGCUUAUUACUAUGUGAAAGUGAAACCAAAUUGGAGAACUCUAAGCUCGUGUUAUGGAACCCGUAUCUAGGGCAAACUAGCUGCGUCCAGGAAGGUCAUGAUAUCUACAAACUAGAUAUGUAUGCUCUCGGAUACGACAACAACCGUAACCACAAAAUCCUCAAGUUUGUCAAUUUCUUCAGCAUCACAAAGCCGAGUUAUCCUUACAAAAUCUACGAGUUUAGUUCUGAUUCAUGGAGGGAUGUUUCUCUUCAUGGAACUAAACCAAACUGGGAUAGGUUGAAUCCAUGCUGCGUGUCUUUGAAAGGGAAUACUUACUUUUUGGCUCGAAACUGGACAAGACACUUUUUACUCUGUUUUGACUUUACAGCAGAGAGAUUCGGACAGCGUCUUUCUCUGCCUUUUAAAUCCUCUGUUGAUGAUAUUUUGACUCAGUCUUGUGUCAGAGAGGAGCAGCUCGCCGUGUUAUGUCAACGCUCUGAGAUGGAUCCGUCUAUUGGGAUUUGGGUUACCAAUAUGAUUGCUCCCAAUGCGGUAUCAUGGAGCAAGUUUUUCAACGUUAAUAUCACGAGUGAUCUUACUGGUUUUCCUGUUAAAUUUCGAGCUGGAAGCUUCUUUAUCGACGAGGAGGAGAAGGUCGCUGUGGUUUUCGAUCUUGACGCAUAUGAAGAGUACAGGACUAGUUACUACCAAACAGCUCACAUCAUUGGACAAGAUGGAUACAUUAAAUCUGUGAUUGGGGAUGCUCAGGAUCUUGGAGAUUGUCGCCCACUUGUCUUCUCUUCUUAUGUUCCAAGUUUAGUGCAACUUCAAAUCAACCGCAAAAGGAAGGCUAGAGGUUAUUAUUAAUCCAUUUUACAAUUACUUGAUUUGUCUCUGGCUUC